CCUUUCUGUACUGGUAGUACAUGUGUCUCAGCCACUCUUACUAUGACUGGAAAAGAAAAGAAAAACUAAAAGACUCUUCAGCAUUUCCCCUUUUUGCAUCCUCUCCACUGACCAAAUAAGGGCGGCCUGAGAUCCGCAGGAGCAACAAGCCUUCCUGUGAAACGGGAAACAGAGAAGCAUUUGGAGAUGUAUUUGGGUCAUGUAAGAAGAGAGCAGUGGACUGCUCAGCCAGUUUUAUAGAAUGAAGAAUGAUUUUGCAGAAAUACGAGCACAAUAUUGGGAUAGUCUUCGUGGCCAUCUGUAAAUGAUAUCUUCUACCAAGAUAUAGAAAGGCGGAAAGCUUUUAUUCAGGACUAUGGAUUUCAUAAAGGAAAACAGUAAAAUCCUCAUCCAAAGGAUGGGCAUGGCUGUUAUAAAGCAAAUUGUGGAUGAGCUAUUUGUGUGGAACGUUCUGAAUAGUGAAGAAAUCAGCAUCAUUUGCUGUGAGAAGGUGGAGCAGGAUGCAGCCCGUGGGAUCAUCCAUAUGAUUUUAAAGAAGGGCUCGGAGUCCUGUAACCUCUUUCUUAAAUCCCUCGAGAAGUGUGACUACGCUCUCUUUCAGGAUCUGAGUGGACAAAGUCUUUUCCAACAGAUACCAGAAGGAGACUUAGAUGAUUUGGCUCAGGAUUUAAAGAUCUUGUACCAGACUCCAUCUUUUCUGAACUUCUAUCCCCUGGGGAAAGAUUUUGACAUAAUUUUUAAUUUGAAAAGCAUCUUCACAGAACCGGUCCUGUGGAGGAAGGACCAACACCAUCACCACGUGGAGCAGCUGACCCUGAAUGGCCUGCUGGAGACCCUUCAGAACCCCUGCAUCAUCGAAGGGGAAUCCGGCAAAGGCAAGACCACCCUGCUCCAGAGAAUCGCCAUGCUCUGGGCCUCCGGGACGUGCAGGACUCUGACCAAGUUCAAAUUUGUCUUCUUCCUCCGUCUGAGCAGAGCCCAGGGUGGACUCUUCGAAACCCUGUGUGACCAGCUGUUGGAUGUACCUGACACGCUUGGGAGACAGACUUUCAAAAGCAUGCUGCUCAAGCUACAGCAGAGGGUUCUUUUUCUCCUUGAUGGCUACAAUGAAUUCGAGCCCCAGAACUGCCCAGAAAUUGAAGCCCUGAUAAAGGAAAACCACCGCUUCAAGAACAUGGUCAUUGUCACCACCACCACCGAGUCUCUGAGACACAUAAGGCAGUUUGGUGCCCAGAUCAUUGAGGUGGGGGAUAUGACAGAGAACAGUGCCCAGGUUCUCAUCCGAGAGGUGCUGAUCAAGGAGCUUGCAGAAGGCCUGCUGCUCCAGAUUAAGAGCUCCAGGUCCUUGAGGAAUCUGAUGAAGACCCCUCUCUUUGUGAUCAUCACUUGUAUAAUCCAGAUGGGCGAAAAUGAGUUCCACGCUCACACACAAACCACCCUCUUCCGGACCUUCUAUGAUCUGCUGAUUCAUAAAAAUAAGCACAAACACAGAGGCGCCACGGCAGUAGACUUCUCUAGGAGUCUGGAGCACUGCGGGGACCUGGCCCUGGAGGGCGUGUUCUCCCACAGGUUUGACUUUGAGCUGGAGGAUGUGUCCUGUGUGAACGAGGAUGUCCUGGUGACAACUGGACUCCUCUGUAAACACACAGCUCAAAGGUUCAAGCCGAAGUAUAAAUUCUUUCACAACUCCUUUCAGGAGUACGUAGCAGGACGCAGGCUCAGCGGUUUAUUGACGUCUCCUGAGCCAGAGGAGGUGGCCAAGGGGAACGCGUACUUGCAGAAGAUGGUUUGCAUUUCGGAUAUCACCUCCUUGUACAGCAACCUGCUGCUGUACACAUGCGGGUCGUCUGCUGCAGCCACCAGGGCUGUUCUGAGGCACCUCACCGGGGUGUGUCAGCACGGCAGCCUGGAUGGGCUUUCCGUUACCAGGAGGCCGCUCUGGAGGCAGGCAUCUAUCCAGAGCAUGAACAACACCACUGACCAAGAGAUUCUAAAAGCCAUCAACAUCAAUUCCUUUGCAGAGUGUGGCAUCAAUUUAUUCCAAGAGAGUGUAUCCAAAUCAACCCUGAGCCACGAAUUUGAAACUUUCUUUCAUGGUAAAAGUUUGUAUAUCAACUCAGAGAACAUCCCCGAUUACUUAUUUGACUUCUUUGAAUGUCUGCCUAAUUGCGCAAGUGCCCUGAACCUCAUUAAGCUGGACUUCUACGGAGGAGCCUUGGCUUCCCGGGACAAGGCCACUGCCGAGGGGUCCUCCGAAACCUACAUUCCCAACAGGGCUGUGUCUUUGUUCUUCAACUGGAAGCAGGAAUUCCAGACUCUGGAGGUCAUACUCCGGGACUUCAGCAAGUUAAAUAAGAAAGAUAUCAAGUAUCUGGGAAAGAUCUUCAGCUCAGCCACUAGCCUCAGACUGUACAUUAAGAGGUGUGCUGGUGUGGCCGGGACCCUCAGCUCGGUGCUCGGCAGCUGUAAGAACAUUCACUCCCUCAUGGUGGACUCCAGCCCUCUCACUGUGGAGGACGAGCAGUAUAUUGCCUCUGUGACCAACCUGACAACUCUGAGUAUUCAUAACCUCCACACUCAACGCCCACCAGGUGGUCUGACUGAAGGCUUGGGUAACUUGAAGAACCUUACAAAGCUGAUUCUGGGUAACAUUGAGAUGAAUGAAGAUGAUGCUGUAAAAUUAGCUGAAGGGCUGACAAACCUGAAGACAUUGUGCUUAUUUCGUUUGACCCACUUGUCUGACAUCGGAGAAGGGAUGGAUUACAUAGUCAAGUCUCUGUCCGGAGAACCGCGUGACCUCCAAGAAAUACAAUUAGUCUCCUGCUGCCUGACCGCAAAUUCUGUACGCACUCUAGCUCGGAAUCUUCACAAUUUGGUCAAACUGAGCAUUCUUGAUUUAUCAGAAAAUUACCUAGAAAAGGAUGGAAAUGAAGCUCUCUGUGAACUGAUCGGCAGGCUCAGUGUCCUGGAACACCUAGCUGUGCUGAUGAUGCCUUGGUGCCUGGAUGCCCACGUCAGCCUGACCAGCCUGUUGCAGCAACUGGAGGGCGUCCCUCAACUUCUCAAGCUUGGGAUGAAAAGCUGGAGAUUCACAGAUGCAGACAUCAGAAUUUUAGGUACAUUUUUUGAAAAGAACCCUCUGAAGAACUUCCAGCAUUUGGAUUUGGCGGAGAACUGUGUGAGCAGUGAUGGCUGGCUUGGCUUCAUGGGUGUAUUUGAGAAUCUUAAGCAAUUAGUGUUUUUUGACUUCAGCACCGAAGGACUUUUACCUGACCCCGCAUUAGUCAGAAAACUUGGCCAUGUGUUAUCCAAACUAACUUUUUUGCAAGAAGCUAGGCUUAUUGGAUGGCAAUUUGAUGAUGAUGAUAUCAGUGUUAUUAAAGGUGCCUUUAAGAUAGUAACUGCUUAAAUAAAAAACACUCUAAGCUAA